AGUUUAAAAAGCUAAUCAAAUUGAUUUCUGUCCUAAAUGCUCAGAAAUUUCAAUCAUUAAAGUAAGACACACUUGCAAACUUUGAUGAUCAUAAAAAUGAUAUUUUAUAUUUAUUUAAUAUCAUACGCAUUCGUUAAUGUUUUGUCAGAUACUAUUGAUAUGAGUGAAUAUAUUAAUGAAUUUCACAUUACCAACGAACUUAUGGAAAACGCUUCGAACACGAUUGGAAAUCUUGGAAAUCUGAAUGGAUUGGCCUAUACACUUAAAAGAGUUAUAAGUCAAGAUGCAUAUACAAUGGAGGAAUUGAAUUUUAUGUUUACAAUACCAGAUCAAGCAGACGUUUUGGAUCUCAAUAAAUACAUAGGAUACCAGAGAAAAAUGCAAAUUGAAAUAUUCCUUGCCUUACAUAUUGAUAGGCAUUCGGUAGACAGAACGGUUCACGAUUGGUCAAAACUUGGAGAAAAAAGAAGAGAAUUAACUAGAAAGGCUAUUUUACAACUGUUCUUAUUCGAAAUAUAUAGUUACUAUAGUAAUUACAGUUUAAAACAAAAGUGUCAAUUGAUUGGAUUAGGAUUGAACAUAAAUAAUCCAUUAAAUUAUGCCGAAUCUGCUGAAGAGGAUGAAUUCUCUGUUUGUCUAAUAAAUCAUGUAAAUGGCAUUCGUGGAUUGGCUUACACAAUAAAAAGAACUAUUACUGGAGAUGCAUACACAAUGGAGGAAUUGAAUUUUAUGUUUGCAAUACCGGAUCAAGCAGAUGUUUUGGAUCUCGACAAAUACAUAGGGUAUCAGAGGAAAAUGCAGAAUGAAAUAAUCAUGACCUUGCAUAUUGAUAGGCCUUCGGUAAACAGCGCACUUCUUGAUUGGUCAAAACUUGGAAAUAAAAGAAGAGACAUAACUAGAAGGGCUAUAAUACAACUGUUUAACAAGGACUUUUACCGUGAAAAAUAUAGUAGUUAUAGUUUUAAGCAGAUAUGUCAAUUAAUUGGACUAGCAUUGAGUACAAUAGAUCCAUUACAACACACAAAAAGUGUUGAGGUAAGUAAUUAUAAUAUUUGUGUCAUAAAGAAUGUCAAUGACAUUCUUUCUUGGUACAAAGAGUUUGAGCAAAACUACUUUUAUGAAGUAUACUUCGAGCCAUAUGCUAGAAGAGGGCAAAGACUUAUGGAUCGGUUAGCUAAUGGGUUAAGCUGGAAUACAAUGGGAUAA